AUGUUUCAGCGCCUCAAGGGGGCCAUAGACAGUCGGAUUGCCGAAGAACAGGCACGACAGCGUCAGGCCGCCCUCAGUGCACAACCCGCACGAAACAACCCCCGGCGGCGUCCUCAGGGCCCGAAUGAAGGCUCCCAAAGACGGCCCUCCCGUCAGAGAGAUCAGACCAGUGCCUCCCUCGACAAAGGCCCAGAUCCUUCCGAAUUCGAACCUGAGUUUGCCAUAGGAGAUGAUGAGAGCACUGUACCAAGCAGGGCGGCUACCCCAAACCCGGAGAUAAGGAACAGAGAAAAAGAGGCUGGGAAGGAGAAGGAGCAGCCGACGGGUGAAGAUGGCCAGGCAACAGGGACUCUUUCAGAAGCCACCGUGGACAAGAAGCCCUCAGAAGCCAAUGGCGAUGGCGCCGGCGAUGGCACUGGCCCCUUGCGUCCCCCCGAGCUUCCUACCGAAGUUCGGGUCAAGCUACGAAGGCUUGAUCGAGUUGAGGCCAAAUACGGAGAACUGUUAAAGGCAUACAGAACAGCACACUCGAGAAUCCAGGCCGUGGAAGCCUUCGAAGCCUCGCUACGGGAGAACACGCCACUGACCAGCAUCAACGAGCCGGGAGCCCUGGUUGAAUAUCUGAAUCAGAUCAAUCUAAAGAGCGACAUGGUUUUGGAAGAACUGAAAAGAGUCACCACUGACAGAGAUGAGCACAAGAAGAAGCUGCAGGCGUCACAGGAAGAGAAUGGUAACCUGCGCGAAGAAAUCGCCGAGUUAAAGAGCAAGCCGGCAACGGUCGUCGCGCAACCAGAAACCCCCGAAAAAGCAGACUCGAUCACAAACGCAACCCCUGCUGAGACGGCCGAUGGUGCUUCCGUCACCGAGACAGUUGAGCCAGGGUUCGUCGCAAAGUCUCCCACCUCAACUUCAUCUCGAAUCGCCAGCUUCUCCUUGUUCUCGCCUCGCUCGAAAGCGGUUUCAUCCCCAGCGAAGGAGACGUCCGAGGAGCUGUUCUCGUUCGAUGCAGAACACACCAAGCUAGAGGCCGAGUUGCACGAGCGGCAGACAGAAGUGGAAGAGUUGAAGAAGCAAGUUGACAGUCUGAAAGGUGAUCUACAGGUCGCGCGUGAAUCAAGUGAAGGCAUGGUGCAAAAUCUGGAGACCGCCACCCGCGAAUUACACACCCUCCGAGAAGCCAAGGACAAGUUUGAUGAGACGAAGACCGAGUUGCAGAACAAGAUCGACGAACUGGAGGCCCAUACCGUGUCAGAUUCAGACCUCACUGGCGCACUGCAGAAGGAAGUCGAAGUGCUGAAAGUGCAGAAGAGUGAGGCAGCUAGCCAGAUCCAGAAAUUGGAAGUCCAGAUUCAAGAACUAGAGGCGGCUAAAGCCACGCUCAAGGACAAGGUUGAUUCCCAGAGCCAGGAUGCGAAUUUGCUCAGUGAAAAGUUGUUCCAGAAAGACUCCAUCGUAAAGGAUCUCGAGGAUACAUUAGCAAUGUACAAGUCUGCGGAACGACAGGAAGCAAGACAAAAGGAGGACGGCCAAGCGAACGAAAAGAAACUGGCUACCAUGCAGAAGAUCAUGAGUACACUACGGCAGCAGCUCGACAAGGCUGAGAAGACCGUUGCGGAGCUGAAAGCAGAAGUGCAAAGCAAUCAAGAGGAGUUCUCGAGACGUCCGUCCUCCAAAAUAUUUGGGUUCUUGGAUGAGAGUGCAAAGGCCAAACUCGACGCCUUAAAAUCCCGUGAAGAUGUUGUGAAGUAUCUUUCGGAGAAUUUUGGGUUACAGAACCCUACCGGUAACAAGGUCGAUCUGGCGCCUGCCGCUCCCUCCCCGGCCCCAUCGGAGGCCGGCACGGGUCCUUCCAAGAAGAAAAACAAGAAAAAGAAGAAGGGCAAGGGCCAGCAAACAGCAAAUGACGGGGUUGAUACCUCAACGCCGGUCAAAGUGUCGGAAAAUCUGGCCGAGGUCGAUGAAGGAGAGACCGGGAAUGACAAGCCUUCUGAGAUGGAUAUUUCAAAACUCGAACAGGAGAUUGGUGAUUUGAAGGCAGAACUGGCGAGGAAGGCGGAUGCUAUUGACCGAUUUUCCCAGCAGUUGAAGGACCAGGAAGCUUUACGCGAAGAGAUCGAGACACUACGGGAUGAUCUUUUGCACCAGGGCGAAGAGCACGUGGAAGCGCGUGACGCUUUGAAGGAUGCCCAGGCGCAGAAAAACAGUCUCCAGGAGACUGUCAACAAACUCGAAAAGGAUCUCUCGGAAGCUCGUAAAGCAGUCGCCACCGCAGCAGAGGCGGAAAAGGCUCAUACGGAUUUACUGGAGCAGUAUGACGAACUCAAGGGAAAGUGCAUCAACCUGGAGAAGGAUCUCGCCGCGUCUGAACAGCUUGCAACGGCUCGGUACAAAGACAUCACCGAUCUCAAGGAGUUGCUCUCUAAAGCCCAACCCGAGUUGAGGAACUUGAAGAAUGAAGUUGCCGAGCUUAGGUCGGCGAAGGACGACCUCAAAAAUAAGACAGGAGAGUUGAACCGGCUUGAAGCCCGACACGAGGACAUCAAGGCCGAGCUCAAAGGUCUCAGCAAGAGACUUGGAGACAAAGACAGUGAAAUCAAAGAGCUGAAGCUGAAGGUCGAGCAAGAGACAACGACGCGGACCCGUAAGGAAAAAGAACUCGAGAAGUCACAGGACGACGUACGGAUGGCGGAAUCAAGGCGACAGGAGGCGGCAGCUUCUGCGGAUCAACUAGCCCAGGAUCUCGCCAAAGCAAAGGAAGAGUCGACCACGUUGACGACGAAAAUUCGUGACUUGGAGGAACAACUAACCGUGCAUACUCGACAAGUGACAGAGUUGAAGGAAGAGCUCCAUCUAAAGACCGCUCUACAUUCGUCUUCCCAGUCUUUGGUCCAAUCACUGCGGGACCAGACGCAUGAGCUAACCAUGCAGGCGCGCGAAGCCACGACACGAGCGGACAGCCUUGAAGAGGAACUGACCGAAACGCAGCGAAUGCUUUCCGAACGCACGAGGGAGGGUCAAACAAUGCGCAUGCUCCUGGACCAGGCCGAGACUGGCACUGAAGCCAGGAUCCGUGAAAUGAAGGAGCGCAUGGAAGCGGCCAUUGAAGAAAGAGAUCGUGUUGAGGACGAGGCCAGCGUCAGUAAUCGUCGGAUGAUGCGCGAACUCGAGGAGGCACGCAGCAAGGUGCGAGAGGCCCAACGGGCGCUGAAGGGGGUUCAAAACGAGAAAGACGAGCUGGAGACCCGGCUGCGAGACUGGAAGAAACGGCGAGAUGAACUCGAGCAAUCGGCAUCCCGGGCAGCCAAGGAGAUGGAUGACAUCAAGGUCGCCAUGGCUGGACUUCGCGAAGCCUUGGAUGAGAGCGAGAAGCAGGUGCGCGAGCUUGACGCACAGAAAACGGACCUUCGCCGAGCCGCGGAUGAGGCGAGAGAACGCGUCGACAAGUUGACCAAGGCAAACAAGAACCUUACGGAAGAGCUGAAGGCGGUGCAAUCCGGCACGAGGAAUCUGAGGGGGCCGCCAGGUCGGCCCGGCACGGGACUAGAGUCUGGAGUUCCCAGUUCGAGAACUUCGGUCGAUUCAGCCAGCGCACGGUCGCCCGCUCCUAAAGAGCGUGCUCCGUCGACGGCGACCAGUCGAAGCGAAACGCCCAGCACGGCCGGCCUGAGCCAGGCGACGGUCGACUACGUGUAUUUGAAGAACGUGCUUCUCCAGUUUCUCGAGCAGAGGGAUAAAGGUCAUCAGAAGCAGUUGAUUCCGGUGUUGGGCAUGUUGUUGCAUUUCGACCGGUAG